AUGCUGGAUCACUUCCGCUACGAUAUUUCCGGCUUAGCAUGGCAAGUGAUAAUAACUUCAGACAACUGCGCUCUCAAACAGCAUUCUCGAGGUUGGCAGAUUUUCGGUAGUUCUGAACUAGAACCUUGCUUUACUGACCAUGAGCGCUGGGUUUUACCGAUGAGUGGCAAAGUAGACAACGUAUGUCCCAAAACUGAAAUCGAACGCUGCAACGCCGACGAAGAUGAAUUCUGUAAUGUAAAAAAUAAAAAACUCUCUGGCAAAAGUGUAAUGACGUCAGUUACCACGGCACAUACAACAACCAGCUGCCAUAGUUCGGAUUUUCAAGAAUGCUGCGAAGAAGACAGUGAGAAGUCAGAAAACGGAAGUAUUUUAUUCAAAGAGUACUUGAAGUUGUUGGUCAAUGGUGAUGCAAGAUUGAAUUUCAUUACAAGGCUCUUAUCCCAGGCCAUCCAAGACCGUAAGACGUUUGUUAUUUGCGGACAUUUUCCAUUGCUGAGGAAGCCAUUGAUGGGGAGGGGAUGGUUGGAGAAAAGAACUGUACGAAAGAUGAUGUCCUUGGCCCCUCAAUCCAACGUUGGUGGCUUGGAACAAGUUGAAAAAUUACUGAGGAAUAGCGUUACUAAUUUGAUUUGGUAUACCAGUAAACACUCGCCUACUUUCAGAGUAGACGAGAGAACAAUGGUCAAUAAAUUUUCCGGAUGUUACUUUACGUCGAAGGUUGACAUGUGCAACAACUUGGAAAACGUCUACUGGUUCUACGAGUCGGGCGUCUCAAAUAUACAGUUCCCACGAUGCUACAACAUUUACCGCGCUUCUCAGAUGAAAGACUUUAAAGCUGAUUAUCGGAUUACUGCAUGUUUGGGAAUUCUCAAGUGGUUUUUAUUCAUUGCCAAAAUUACUGGGCCUCAGAGUGUUUGGAAAGAAAAUGGUAAAGUUCCCGUCUCGGCUGUUCUCUUUGCCCUGGAAAGAUGUACCGAAUUCAUCAGGCGAGAUUACCGAGAAGUGCCAGUGGAAACUUGGGAUCAGUUUUUAGAUUCGUAUUACAAGAUAAUACACGGAUACGAUAUGCUGAAGAAGAAUUUAAAAAUUGAUAUAGAUGUGAGCAUUAAUGAAUGCGUGAAUUCAACUCCUCAUAAUCCGUCAAUGGAACUGUUAGCGUUUGCCGACAACAUUUUGAUCGCAGUGUCAAAAUUUCGGCUUCAAGAAAAGCUUGACGGAAUGCGAGAUAUUUGGAUACUAAAACCAAGUGAUAAGAGUUUAGGAAAAGGAAUUGUUCUGAUAGAUCGUUUAUCAGAUAUUCUGAACAAACUAAACUUGACAGCCAGAGAAGGCAUGCAGUAUGUCGUGCAAAAGUAUAUAGAAAGACCAUUGUUAGUUUAUAACAAAAAAAUUGACGUUAGACAAUGGUUCUUGAUCACAAGUACACAUCCACUGGUCGUUUGGAUGUAUAGAGAUAUUCUCAUUCGGUUUGCAUCACGGGACUUUACCCUCGAUGACUUUCAUGAAUCCAUUCACUUGUGCAAUACAAUGGUGCAAAUCAAGUAUCGAACUUGUCAGCAUCAAGAAUCGAGAGUCCCAAAAGAGUUGCACUGGAAUUUAGAAGACUUCAAAAACUACCUCAAGGGUAUGAAUCAAGAAUUCGCUUGGGACAAGAUCAUUUUACCAGGAAUCAAGCAAAAUUUAAUUGGAGCAUUACUUGCGUCGCAAGAGAAUAUGGCGAAUCAAAAAAAUAGUUUCCAACUCUACGGUGCUGACUUCGUAAUCAUGGACGAUUUUUCGGUUUGGUUGAUCGAAAUUAACACUAACCCGCGUCUUUAUCCGCCAAGUAGUGCAGUUACAAGCAAAUUAUACCCCGAAAUUGUGGAGGAUAUUGUUAAGGGUGAGUUUAUUAAUAUAGGAGGGUUUUCUUCACAAGCGUCUGCCACAAGAGUUGUUUACUGCUUGUCGUCGAUAGACGUAAAAAUAAACGUGCACCACAUGGCAAGUUCACUUGUAUAUACAAGCAGAGGAAUCCACUACGCGGAACCAACGUUCUUGGUCAAGGGACAUGUCUCGGAAUUCGAGGACACUCUGUGUUCCAGUCAAACAAAACCAUUGGAAACUCACGCAUAA